UUUGUUUACUGACUUGAGCAACAUCGGUUGUCUACAGCUGGUCUAAUCUAAUAUUUAUAGUAGAAGUAAGAAGUCGAAUAUUUUAGGACAUCCUCUGGGAAUUAUACUGAAGUGAUGAGAUCUGUUACCGACAAAAAUCCUGAACCAGAGAAAAACUCCCAUUUUGUUGAAUCCCUUAUCAAUGAUGGCGCUGUAUUGCCAAUUGACGAAGACAUUAAUUGCUACAAGAUUCAUCUGCCACCCUGGUUCGAUGGGCCGACGUUCAAACGUGGUCAGCAGUACUUCCGUGACAAUCUGGCGGCGAUUGUAACGGCCGGUUUUUGUGGAUUAAUAUCAGUGCUUGCCAUACCCUCUAUACUGGAUGUGCUUAUCUUCACCAAUCGAUCGUCAACGCCAGUGACGGCUUAUAAGCGCUACGUACUCACCGUGCUGCACUCGUUUAAUUGGUAUAACGAAGAGCUGCGACCGGGAUCCAAGUCAUGGAAAUCUCUGGAAUAUGUUCGUCGUAUCCAUGCCCUCAGUGGAAAGCAAGCCCACGCAAAAGACCCAAAGAUGCUUGUGUCCCAAAAGGACGUGGCCAUAACGCAGUUUGGUUUCGCUGGCUAUGUGGUGCUAAGCUACAAGAAAUUAGGUGUCCAAUACAGCCGUGAAGGCAUGGAGGGCUUCGUUCAUAUGUGGCGUACCAUUGGAUACAUGAUUGGAUUGGAGGACAGAUUCAAUCUUUGUACUGAGGAUUUGGAUACUACUUAUCAACGAAUGCAGCUCAUCAAUGACCAUUUUAUGCGUCCGGGUUUGCAGAACCCCAGUGCUGAUUUCGUGCACAUGACUAAGGCCAUGAUUGACGGGAUGUGGUGCUACAGUACAAUGCUAGACUACGAUGCAUUUAUGUUUAUUACAAGACGAUUGUCGAAUGUUCCCGGUCACCAUUAUUGGGACAAUGAACCAAGUGAAGGGGUAGAAGCCGUUUAUAAGGCAAUGCCAUGGUUCAGCAGGAUUAUGUUGAACAUUUUGACGGUAAUUCAUGAGGUGCUGCUGGAUAUCACGGCUAUACGAUGGUACAUCAAUUGGACGUUUCGUUUCAACUCUAACAUUGUGAACAAAUACUUCCCGGUAUUGGCUAUGGUAAAAUAUGGUUUUAGAAAAGCAUAUGUGAAAAUUGUGUAUUGACAAAUAUGUUGUAAAGAAAUCAAAUAUACAUACUGCCCAUAUGACAAA